UUCGACCAAACGCUAAACCCUAAAGUCCGUCUGUUUCUCGCGCGGGCGCUCAUGGCCCCGAAACGUCCUCUUCCGUCGGCGGAUCCGCCGCCUGAUUCCUCCUCUGACGACGACGACGACGAGGUCCCCGCCGCCGCCGGAGCGGCGGUGGAGGAAGAAGGAGGAGGGCGGCGGGAAUCUGGAGAGUCGUCGGAUUCCGAGGACUCAACCGACGACGAGGAGGACGACGACGACGACGACGAGGAGCAGAAAAAGCCGCCGCCGCCGCCGCCGCCCAAGUCGUCCUCUCCGCCGCCGCCGCCGCAGCAGCAGCAGAAAUCUGGAGAAGGGUCUUCGUCGUCCGGGUCCGGGUCCGGGUCCGAGGAGGAGGAAUCCGAGGAGGAGUCGGACUCCGGGUCGCAGUCGCGCCGCUACACCGUGAAGCCCAUAACCUCGAAGCCCAUGGAGAAGAACGAGACCCCGACCCCGCCGCCAGCGAAGAAGCAGAGGCCGGAGCCUUCCCCCUCCUCCUUGAAGCAGCAGCAGCCCUUGGCGAGGCGGAAGGUGGAGACGGACGAGCCGACGCCGAAGGACUCGAAGAAGGGGAGGAAGAAGGAGGUUGUCGAGAAUGGGUCCGUGCUGAAAUCUGGGGAGGAGUCGAAGAAGCCGAUGUUCCAGAGAAUAUGGGGCGGCAGUGACGAGCUAGCGCUGUUGCAGGGCAUGAUCGAUUUCCGAGAGAAGAAAGGGAUGGACCCUACGACCAACGGUAACGCGUUUCAUCAUUACGUCAGGAAAUCACUCGGGCAAGAGUUUACGGAUUCUCAGUUGGCGAACAAGAUCCGGGUUCUGAAGAAGAAGUACACUAACAAUGAAGGGAAGGGGAAGGAUGGUGAGGAUAGGGCUUUCUCGAAGCCCCAUGAGCAGAAAGUUUUCGAAUUGUCCAAGAAAAUUUGGGGUUCUAAUAAGAACGGCAUUGCGGGUGGAAGCGGCGAACAGACGCCUAUGCCGAAGGCCAAUGGUACCGCUAAGAAGAGUAAGACCUCGACUGCUGGCAAGGUCGUCCCUGCGCCCAAGUCGAAGUUGGAGACAUCGCCGGAGAGGCCUAAGGAGAAUGGUGAACGAAUACCAUCCGGGCGUAGUGAUACAGUAAGCAUGCUGUCCUGUGAUAAAUUGUUGCAAAUGUCUGAAAUUGGCUUGGAUCAGGACUUUUUGAAGAAAGGGUGGGAGAUGGUGGAUGAGGCGAGGAAGGAGCAGUUGAAGGAAAGAUGGAGGAAAGUACAGUUGGCUCAAAUGCGAGUGUUGGCGGAGAGGGCCGCAUUGAUUAGAGAUCAAACCAAUCUUGUUUUAGAGGCUCAUGAGCGGGCUGCUGGAAAGUAGGAUGGGACUGCCGCGGUUCUUUUUUAUGGAUAGUAGUGUGCAAAAUAUGUGUAGGCGAUAUAUUUUGUUUACUUUGGUUUUGGGUUCAUCAAGGUACUCUUUUUCGAUCGAUUCGUAAGUUCAAUGCAUGUAAACUUUGGAUUUUAGCAUGUCCUCUUAAGUUUGAUUAUAUUCUCCAA